GCGCGCUCUGUAACCGCCUGCGUGCCCCAAAGCCGGGCGAGCCGCGGCUGGUUGUGGUGCGGACGCGGCCCUGGCCACCGUGGUGCCGCUAACCUCCAGGCCGCAUGGCCCGCUGCCGCUGCCCGUUGCCGGCCGCCUGCAGCCAGGCCCGCUGCCGUCCACCCGCGGCCGCCCGGGCGCAGGACCCCCGGGUUGCUCCGACUCCUCCAUAUGCAGCUCCGUGCUGGCCGGCCAGUUGCCAGAACAAAGGGGAUUUAGCGAUGGAGGCCUUGUUGGAAGGAAUACAAAAUCGAGGGCAUAGCGGGGGAUUUUUGACAUCCUGUGAAGCAGAGCUGCAGGAGCUCAUGAAACAGAUCGACAUAAUGGUGGCACAUAAGAAAUCUGAAUGGGAGGGGCAGACGCACGCGCUGGAGACUUGUUUGGACAUCCGCGAUCGGGAGCUGAAGACGCUGAGAAGUCAGCUGGACAUGAAGCACAAGGAGAUCGGAAUGUUGCAUCAGCAGAUAGAAGAACAUGAAAAAAACAAGCAAGAAAUGGCCAUGGAGUAUAAGCAGGAGUUAAAGAAACUGCAGGAGGAAUUAGGCAGACUGAAAAGAAGCUACGAAAAGCUGCAGAAAAAGCAACUAAGAGAAUUUAGAGGAAAUACCAAAAGUCUCCGGGAGGAUCGGUCUGAGAUUGAGAGGCUGACUGGAAAAAUAGAGGAAUUCCGACAGAAGUCUCUGGACUGGGAGAAGCAGCGUUUGAUUUAUCAGCAACAGGUAUCUUCUCUGGAAGCACAGAGGAAGGCUUUAGCUGAACAGUCGGAGAUCAUUCAGGCUCAGCUUGCUAACCGGAAACAGAAAUUAGAGUCUGUGGAGCUGUCCAGCCAGUCAGAAAUCCAGCACCUGAGCAGUAAGCUCGAGCGGGCCAAGGACACCAUUUGUGCCAACGAGCUGGAAAUAGAGCGCCUUAAUAUGAGGGUCAAUGACCUGAUGGGGACCAAUAUGACUAUCCUGCAGGAGCAGCGGCAGAAGGAGGAGAAACUGAGGGAGUCUGAAAAGUUAUUAGAGGCUCUGCAGGAAGAACAGAAAGGAUUGAAGGCAAGUCUUCAAUCUCAAGAAAACUUCAUCCUUGAGGCAAAAAUGCAGAAGGAGAAACUGCAAACAAAAUUGAAGACAGUUGACACCCAGCACUCCAUAGAAAGCAUGAGGCCGCUGGAGAAGUGUCAGGUGGAAAGAAAGUUCCCUUCUCCAGGCCCAGGAGUCCUAGAUAAUGUGCUGUCACAGCUGGACUUCAGCCACACCAGCGAGGAGCUCCUGCAGGCAGAGGUGACUCGUCUUGAAGGCAGUUUGGAAUCUGUGAGUGCAACAUGUAAACAGCUGAGCCAAGAAUUAAUGGAAAAAUAUGAAGAACUGAAGAAAAUGGAAGGGCAUAACAAUGAAUACAGGACCGAGAUUAAAAAGUUGAAAGAACAGAUUCUGCAGGCUGAUCAGACCUAUAGCUCUGCGCUGGAAGGAAUGAAGUUGGAAAUCUCCCAGCUGACUCGCGAGUUACACCAGCGAGAUAUCACUAUUGCUUCUGCCAAGUGUUCCUCCUCAGACAUGGAAAAGCAGCUGAAGGCAGAGAUGCAGAAAGCAGAAGAAAAGGCAGUAGAGCAUAAGGAGAUUCUGAGUCAGCUAGAAUCACUCAAGUUAGAAAAUCGCCGUCUUUCUGAAACAGUGAUGAAGCUGGAACUGGGCUUGCACGAGGGAGUUCUGCCUCCAAAACGAUGUAUAGUCACACAAGGCUCUCCAUUUGCUCCCAAGUAGUCCCAAUUUCACAAUCAUGGAGGCUGAGAUGGAAGAAAAUGCAAAAGGCUAGAAGAACACUUACUUCUAACUAGAAAAAUAGAGGACUUUUUCUGUAAUCUUUCAGAUGGGAAGAUUCUCUGAGCAUCAUGAAACCAUAAAGGAUUUUACAACAUAAAAAUGUAAAGUUUCUUGAUGGCAAAAGACUCCAUUAAAAAGACUAAUAAUAGAAGCCAGGUAUGGCAGCUCAUGUUUAUAAACCCAGCUACUCAGGAGGCUGAGGCAGGAGGACUAAGAGUUCAAGCCCAAACUGGGCAAGACCCUGUCUCAGAAUAAAAGUAACAGCAAAAGAACUGGGAGUGUAUCUUAGAUGGAGAGCAAUUGCCUAGCAUGAGGCUCUAGAUUUGAUAUCCCUUGCACUGCAAAAGGAGUAAAUCAAUAAAUAAAUAAAAAUAAAACAAAUGACAGACAAGGAGAAGUAAUCUAUAAGCAGACGCAGGCUAUCAAAUAAGAAUGUCCUAAAGAGUAAUAGGAAAGGGAUGCAGAAGGAAAAUGGCAAAGAACUGAGUAGAUAUUUCAUAGAAAUUUAAAUUCAAGUGAGAGAGGGAAGCUGUUCAACUUCCCUAAUAACCAACAAUUUUAAAAAUAAAAUUUCUCUUGCUAAUGGACUUGAUAAUGCUUUAAAAAGCUAAUGUAUGGCUUCUUUUGGCAAAUUUUAAAAGGACAGGUUCUGCUGUGCACAUUGAUAUGACUUUCAGGAAAGUUUGGCCGUGGACAUCAAGCUGUAAAUACAUACAGCCCCAAGUACACCGGGGUAUUUACAACUGUGAUAUUAAUAGUCAUGUUCUUCAAUGUCCCCAGCAGUUUGCAUUUCCAAAGAACUCAUCUUGUAGGAGUAAAUGUCUAGA